UGGGAGACGAGCGGUGUGUGGAAACAGAGAAUGGACACUUGUAGGACAACCUGAGGUUCGUGUGUGUGUGUGUGCUGCACAGCUGGGAAUCUAUUUGUGUCUUUUCGAUGGAGCAGAGAGGAGCUCUGACGCCGCUUUGCUGCUGCUGCUGCUGCUGGAUCAUCAUUAACUCCGUUCUGGCUGGAGAAUGGACUCGUGUUCACGCGGAGGACGAGCUCUUCAGGAGUUUGUUUGGAGGCUACAACAAGUGGACUCGUCCUGCUCAGAACAUCACAGACGUGGUCAUCGUCAAGUUCGGCCUCUCCAUCGCUCAGCUGAUAGAUGUGGACGAGAAAAACCAGAUGAUGACAACCAACGUGUGGCUGAAACAGGAAUGGACGGACUAUAAACUCCGGUGGAGUCCUGCCGAAUACGACAACGUGACGUCCAUCCGAGUUCCUUCUGAGCUCAUCUGGGUGCCGGACAUUGUGCUGUACAACAAUGCCGAUGGAGAGUUCGCCGUCACCCACAUGACCAAGGCCCAGCUGUUUCACACCGGCCGCGUGCGCUGGGCGCCGCCGGCCAUCUACAAGUCCUCCUGCUCCAUCGACGUCACCUUCUUCCCCUUCGACCAGCAGAGCUGCAAGAUGAAGUUCGGAUCCUGGACGUACGACCGCGCCAAGAUCGACCUGGAGCCCCUGGAGAACACCGUGGACCUCAAGGAUUACUGGGAGAGUGGAGAGUGGGCCAUAGUCAACGCCGUGGGCACCUACAACACCAAGAAAUACGACUGCUGCCACGAGAUCUACCCGGACAUCACCUACUACUUCGUGAUCCGCCGCCUCCCGUUGUUCUACACCAUCAACCUCAUCAUCCCCUGCCUGCUCAUCUCCUUCCUCACCGUCCUGGUCUUCUACCUGCCGUCGGACUGCGGCGAGAAGAUCACGCUGUGCAUCUCGGUGCUGCUGUCGCUCACCGUCUUCCUGCUGCUCAUCACCGAGAUCAUCCCGUCCACGUCGCUGGUCAUCCCCCUCAUCGGGGAGUACCUGCUCUUCACCAUGAUUUUCGUCACGCUGUCCAUCAUCAUCACCGUGUUCGUGCUGAACGUGCACCACCGGUCCUCGGAGACCCACGCCAUGCCCCGGUGGGUUCGGAGGCUGUUCCUCUCCGCGGUGCCACGCUGGCUGUGCAUGACGCGACCCGACCACGACAACCUCAGGCCUGGAAGGCGGCGCUCAGUCACCCGACCCUCCCACAGCGCCUGGAUCACUCAGGAGUCCGACAUCGAUCUCCAUGGUUACCAGGAGGACCAGCUCGACUCCCUGGAAAUCAACUACUGCGACCUGCACGGUUUUCCAGACGCGCCUCACCUGACCAGGUUUGGGGUGAAGAUUAGACCUUCUUCUUCUCCUUCUUCUUCUUCCCCUCCGUCCCUCGGCUACACCCUCCUCCCGCAGAGACACUCGCCCCUCGGCUCGGAGUGGGACGCCGCCCCCGUGGACCAAACACAAACGGUUCUGUCUCCUGCUGUGGUGUCGGCCCUGGAGGGGGUGACCUACAUCGCAGAGCAUCUGAGGGCUGAGGAUGAAGACUUCUCGGUGAAGGAGGACUGGAAGUACGUGGCCAUGGUCGUGGACCGGAUCUUCCUGUGGAUGUUCAUCAUCGUGUGUCUGCUGGGGACGGUUGGACUCUUCCUGCCUCCGUGGCUCUCUGGGAUGAUUUAAAACUAAACUAAACUAAAUACUCAAAGCAUGUAUGAAAAUUAAAGUAAUAAAUAAAAUAUCCAGACAAGGUUGGACAGUUGUGUCCUGAAACUACUUUCAAAUAAACUUCCCUUUGUGUAACUCUAACCUUUCAACUAAUUCCCUUUAUUAAAUAUCAAAAGACGCAGAAGAAACGAGAAAGACGAGCAUGUAGAAUAAGUGUUAAGGCCCCAAAUCACUUAAUUAAACAGGAUAAAAGUAUCCGUCACUCACAGGUUAUCACAUUAACUUCAACCAGAUAUAUUCAGGUCAAAAACACAGCGUUUGCCUCAGGCGGCCCAGAGGAAUCUCUUCUAUUUAACGUCUAUUUAAAUAAAAACUGAUAAAAA